AUGUGGAACACAAAACUUUACUCUUUCACCUUACACCGAACGUUUCAAUUAACUCACACUCCUAAAAUUAAUUAUUCACACUAUAAUAAUUGGAUAUCCUUUUUACUUUCAAUCAAAAAGGAUUAUACCAACACCACCACAGUAAACAAUCCAACUAACACAACUAAUACAAACACUAAUACUACUACUAACUUUAUUAGUGGUUUAAGUAGUGUGGAAAAUGUGCAUGAAUUAGUGAACGUACUGAAUAGAGGAGUUGAUUUUAAUGAAGAUGAAUUGAAUGGGAAGGCAUUUGAACUGAUUUCAGAUGAUAUGAAGCAAAACUCGGUGUUAUUUAUAACUUUGAACGAAUUUGGAUUGGACUUACACAAGAUCUUAGAUAGGCUGAAGGAAUUUGAAAUUACCAAUAACGAACAUAUCUUGCUGAGAACCCUAUCAGAAUUGCCGAUAACUGACUAUUUGAUCAAUGAGGAGACUUUUUUAACCUUUAUUAAUAAUUCUUUCAAACGUUUUUUCACUAACUCAACUAAUCAGCUUUAUAAUGCUACUAAUACCAUAGGAUCCCAUAAAGUUGAUAAUUUUGUAAAAGAAAAUGAAAUUAUGAAUGGAUUGGAAUUAACCAAUUAUAUAUGUUCCUGUUGUAAAUUAUUAUAUAAAAAUGUGAUAAAUUAUAGUUAUCUCAAUAAAGUAGAAGAGUGUGUAAAGAAGUUAGACUUGAGUAUGUUUACCCUUUCACAGUUGGUUGACCUUUGUUAUCACUUGGCUUUGAUCAAAUCUGAGUUUUGCAAAAAAAUAUUCGCCCGUAUGAAUGAGCUUGAGUUCUUUGACAAGGUUAGCUUGUCUGAAGUUAUUUUUCUUUUUACAAAAUAUAUACACUUUGAUGACUCAAACUUCUUUGAAACGGUGGUAGACAAAAUUACUAAAACUCAUUUUGGUUCCUUUGAUAAACUAGAUGGUAAUUCAGAAUUGGGCUUAAGUGAAUACAUCAAUUUGUUGGCAAUUGUUGGAUUUGGUAGAAGAUACAUUCCCCUGAUAGACCUCAUUGUCGAACGUUUGAAGGGACACGAACUUAGUUUAGAAGAGGCCACAAAAAUUCUAAUCAACUUGUCUAAGGUUAACUACAAUAACAGAAGUUUUAUUAAACAACUGUUGAAUUCAGUCCUUUCAUCAGUAGACCAGGAUACUAUCCUAGAUCCCUACCUUUUAUCAAAUCUUUUCAAGAGUUAUUCGAGGUUCAGUUUACUUUACGGAACACAUUUGAAUGAGGACUUGUAUCAAGUAUUAUUACACAUACUGAUCAAGGAGGAAGUUUUAUCAGAUUUCAAAACGCAUGAUCUACUAACGGUUUUCAAAUCACUCUGCAAGCUAUGUAAUAUCGGAACAACUGGAUCUGAGGGUCAACCAGGUCAAGGAAUCAACACUAUGAGUCGGUUAUCUAUUAGACAAUGUCUAAAUGUAAUUGCUAGAGAGAUCUUUAAGCGUGAUAUUAACAGUGAUACAUCCUUGAGACUAAUUAUUUCCAGCAGUAAAGUACCAUACAAUAACCAUAAACUUCUCAACUCUUUGGUAGAAAACAUCAACUUGAAGGGUACAAACAACUUGACACAGUUAUACAAAUUGAAGGAGGCCAUCGAAAUGUUAUCUUUGCACUAUCCAGAACUAAACGAAAGAAUACUACAACUGGAGAAUAACAUGGAUCCUAAAACACCUUAUAGGACUGAAGAGGAGAGUGCCAGGGACAUUAAUGUGUCCGUCCCAAGAAAUUCGUUUUAUAGAAUUCAGAGCGUUAAAAAAAGGAAAUGGACUUACUAA